AUGCGAACUUAUUCUCAAUAUAAUGAUGGUUUCAAGUAUUUACUUUGUAUUAUUGAUGUAUUUAGUAAAUAUGCUUUUGCAAGACCAAUGAAAAAGAAAAACUCAGAAACAACUAAAGAAUGUUUUGAAAGUAUAUUUACUGAAAGUAAUUUAACACCUACUCACAUACAAUCCGAUAAAGGUACCGAAUUUGUUUCAAAAGAUGUACAAAAAUACUUUAAAUCCAAAAAGAUUAAUUACUAUACCACUAACAAUCCUGACAUUAAGGCCAGUAUUGUUGAACGAUUUCAAAGAACACUAAAAAUGAAAAUGUGGCGUUAUUUCACUCAUAAUAAUACUUAUAGAUAUAUAGAUGUUUUACAAGAUUUAAUAUACUCUUAUAAUCACAGCUUUCACUCUAGUAUUAAGAUGUGCCCGUGUGAUGUAAAUUCCAACAAUAUUAUGACAGUUUGGACUAAUCUUUAUGAUAGACGGUCAAAAAAACUUUCUUUAGAAAAUCCUAAACCAAAUUUCAAUGUGGGUGAUUAUGUUCGAAUAACUAAAUAUAAACAUGUAUUCCAAAAAGGAUAUGAAUCAAAUUGGAGUGAUGAAAUAUUUAUUAUAUCUUCAAUAAUUGAUAGAUCUCCAUGGGUUGUUUAUACAAUAACAGAUUUACAAAAUGAACCAAUAAUUGGUACUUUUUAUGAAAGAGAAUUACAGAAAAUCACUUACAACCCCACCUCACAACAUAAAAUAGAUAAAAUAAUUGACACUCGUUAUUCAGGUAACAGAAAAGAAGUAUUAGUGAAGUGGAAAGGUUAUCCAGAUAAAUUUAACAGUUGGAUUUUAGCUUCUAGUUUAAAAGAAAUAUGA